AUGGCCGCCGAACCCACCAUUGACCAAAGUAGCCCUUACUACAUUCAUCCAAGCGAGAACCCUGCCCUGAUUCUAGUUGCACCACCGUUGGACGGUUCCAAUUAUCACAGUUGGUCACGAGCAAUGCGUAUGGCAUUGCUCUCCAAGAACAAGAUUAAGUUUGCUGAUGGCACGAUUCCUCCACCGUCGGUUAAUGAUCCAAUGUUUCCGGCAUGGGAGCGUUGUAAUAACUUGGUCCAAGGAUGGAUCAUCAAAUCUUUGUCUCCAACGAUAGCAAGGAGUAUUCUGUGGUUCGAUAGAGCUUCUGAGAUUUGGUCCGAUCUUCGUUCUCGAUAUUCUCAGUCAGAUAUCUUUCGAAUUGCUGAGUUACAGGAGGAGAUCUACAGUUUAAAACAAGGUAAUUUGAGCGUUAGUGAAUAUUACACCAAGCUCAAAAUUCUCUGGGACGAACUCUCUAAUAUCCGUCCCAUCAAACCCUGUGAUUGCGGAUCCCUUGGUAUUGAAGCAAAACAUCGGCAGGAGGAUUAUGUUAUUCGGUUUCUUAAAGGAUUGAAUGAGCAAUUUUCCUCGGUUAAGUCUCAGCUAAUGCUUAUGGAUCCUCUUCCGUCCCUCAAUCGUUCGCGUCCUCCUGGUUAUAACUCCUCUGGUUCGAAAUCAAAUAAUGGUAAACAUUGCACCUAUUGUGGGAAGCCGCGCCAUACUGAAGAAACAUGCUACAGAAAGCAUGGAUUUCCACCAGGCUUCAAGUUUCGCUCGGGUUCCUCUGCCACUGUGAAUAGUGUUUUAACACAAGAUUCUGUUUCUGCUCAAGAUAUCAACACUGCUAAGCCUCUCUCUUCAAAUCAACCUGCAUCAACAGCAUCAAUUCUGCCUCAAUUGUCUGCGGAUCAAUAUCAGCGUCUUCUUACUCUUUUGAGUCCUUCUCAGUCCUCUUCCACUGCUUCCGUUAACCACUUAUCAACUUCUGUCACAGUCUUCCUACAGGUUCUUGUUCUGUCGCCUCUUACUCAGGGACAAUACACUUGCUCCAACCUUCACUGA